CCACACAGGCAGACAAUCUGCUGCUAUCUUGACCUUUAGUGAGUUACAGUGAAACAGCUCUGCUGAUAAGGAGAAUCUUCUUAAACCCCCCGCUGGGACGGACGUGAGACCAGAACCAGACCUGCGCGUCCACUUGUUGACUUCACAGCGGCUCUAUUUAAAGAGACAACGACAUGGCACACGGGCUGGCCAGGCGCGAGUCAGUGGACACGGAGAUGCACAAGUCCAAAGACAACGAGAAGACGCUUGUUUACACCAAGAAGAAGGGCUACGAUGUCAUUAGAAACCCCCACCUGAACAAGGGAAAUGCUUUCUCCCUGGAGGAGCGUCUCCAGCUGGGAAUCCACGGCCUGGUGCCCCCCUGCUUCAUCAGCCAGGACCUCCAGCUGCUCAGAGUCCUCAAAAACUACGACAUGAAAAGAGACGACCUGGACAGAUAUGUGUUCCUGAUUGGGCUCAUGGACCGCAGUGAAAAGCUCUUCUAUCGUCUUAUAAAUUCAGACGUAGAGAGGUUUAUGCCCAUCAUCUACACUCCCACUGUGGGUCUGGCCUGCCAGCAGUAUGGCCUCAUCUUCAGAAGACCAAGGGGGCUUUUCAUCACCAUUCAUGACCGUGGCCACAUUGCUUCAAUCCUCCAAAACUGGCCUGAAAAGGACAUUAAGGCUGUCUGUGUGACGGAUGGAGAGAGGAUUCUGGGACUGGGAGAUCUGGGCUGCCAUGGAAUGGGGAUCCCGGUUGGCAAGCUGGCCCUCUACACAGCCUGUGGAGGAAUGCCUCCCCAGCAGUGCCUGCCUGUCAUGCUGGAUGUUGGCACAGACAACGAGGCACUGCUGAAGGAUCCCCUUUACAUCGGCUUGAGGCAUAAGAGAAUCCGAGGCCAGGCCUACGACGACCUGAUAGAUGAAUUCAUGAAAGCCGUUUCAGAGCGGUAUGGAAUGGACUGCCUGAUUCAGUUUGAGGACUUUGCAAACAUUAAUGCUUUCCGCCUGCUGAGCAAGUACCGCAACAAAUACUGCACGUUCAACGAUGACAUCCAAGGCACAGCAGCAGUAGCCGUAGCAGGACUGAUCGCCGCCCUCCGUAUCACCAAAAGCAAAAUGAGCGACCACACCGUCGUCUUCCAAGGAGCGGGAGAGGCAGCGAUGGGGAUUGCUGAUCUCAUCACCAUGGCAAUGGAGAAGGAGGGACUCAAUAAGGAGGAAAGCUUGAAAAAAAUCUGGAUGGUUGAUUCAAAGGGACUCAUCGUCAAGGGUCGAGACCACCUGACCCACGAGAAGGAGAGAUUCGCCCAUGAGCAUCCUCCGAUGAGAAACCUGGAGGAUGUAGUCCGGGAUCUGAAACCCACAGCAAUCAUUGGUGUUGCAGCUGUAGCUGGAGCUUUCUCUGAGCAGAUCAUCAGGGACAUGGCUUCCUUCAAUCAACGACCAAUUAUCUUCGCCCUCAGCAACCCAACCAGCAAGGCUGAAUGUACUGCUGAGCAGUGCUACACAUUCACAGAGGGGAGAGGCAUCUUUGCCAGCGGUAGCCCGUUUGACGCCGUCACCCUGCCCGAUGGGAGGACCUUCUAUCCCGGUCAGGGUAACAACGCUUACAUCUUCCCCGGUGUGGGCCUUGGGGUCACCGCUUGUGCCUUGCGACAUAUUACCGAGGAUAUCUUCUUAAUAGCUGCAGAGGCUCUUGCCAACCUGGUGACUGAGAAGGACCUCGCCGAGGGUAGACUGUAUCCUCCUCUCAGCUCCAUCAGGGAGGUUUCUCUUAAACUGGCAGCUAAGAUCAUGGAUUAUGCCUACAACCACAAAAUGGCCACGCUUCGUCCAGAGCCUUCCGACAAGGAAGCACAUCUCCGCUCUAUAUCCUAUAGCACUGAAUAUGAUGACUUCACUGUUGACUCCUACCAGUGGCCAGAGGACUGCACGGCUGUGCAGACAUGUAAACUGUGAUGUUCUGCUCAAUAAUAAAAAAAAA